AUGGUCAGCGCCCAAGAUGUCGCGGCUCGCAAGUCGGACAUGGGUACCGAUGAGCAAAAGCAAGCAGCGCAGCUGAUCCAGCGCAACUAUCGCGGCUAUCGAGAGCGUAGGCAGCUUCAAGGCAUGGGCCUAGAUGCUAGCGCACGUUGGGCAGAGGCUAUACGCGAUGCGAAAUGGCGUAAUGCGACGAGACCUAAACCGCGCUCGGAAGAGGCGGCUUUGCACGAGAACCUCACCACACCCGAAGAACGUGAACGAGCGAAUUCCACAGCGGCGCGCGAGAAAUGGAAAAGGGUAGGCGAGAUUGCGCGACGCGCGGGAGCCGACGAUCCCUACGAUGCCUCACUUACGGAAGACGAGGAUGCGCCUGAGAACCACACUGAACAACGGCGCAAGCAGAACGAGUCAAAAGCUGAACGUGAGAAGACGGCCAAGAUGAUGGAUCUCCAAUACUUCUUGGAAAUGGUAGAUCAGAAGCAUCGGUAUGGUAGUAACCUGAGGGCUUAUCACGAACAGUGGAAGAAAGCAGAUACACACGAGAACUUCUUCUACUGGCUGGACAACGGCGCAGGGAGGAACUUUGAGCAUCCAACCGUUUCUAGAGAGAGAUUGGACACGGAACGGGUGCGUUAUUUGUCGCGAGAGGAGCGCCAAAACUACUUGGUCACAAUUGACGACGAAGGACGGUUGUGCUGGGCGAAGAACGGAGAAAGGCUAAACACAACUAUGGAAUACAAAGAUAGUGUCAAUGGUAUUGUACCAGUCAACGACAGUACCCUCGCCUAUGGUCCGAAGGCAAAACUCCACUCUGGCCAGAGCAAGACCUUACGACGAGGUUCAAUGAUCUCGCUGAGCUCAAAUUCGUCAAUAUCCGAAAGCGAUGCGGAAGCAGAACACUACGUCAAUGAGGAUCUCGACAAAGCUAGGGGCAUAUCGAAACUCAAACAUGUGUCAGCCGCGACUAUCCUCAACCACUUAUUGCGAAGUUCUGUGAAACCGAACUCGUGGAUAUUCGUAGCCGACACAUCCUUCCGCCUGUACGUUGGAAUCAAGCAAUCGGGUGCUUUCCAGCACAGCUCCUUCCUACAUGGGGCUCGCAUUUCUGCCGCAGGUCUGAUCAAAGUCAAGGAUGGCCAGCUGCGGCGCCUCUCCCCCCUGUCCGGCCACUACCGACCACCUACGAAGAACUUUCGCGCGUUCGUACACUCGAUGAAAGAGAAUGGAGUAGAUAUGUCGCGUGUCUCCAUCUCUCGAUCAUAUGCUGUCCUCGUCGGUCUCGAAGCUUACGUCAAAACACGUAAGAAGUUCAAGCAUGGAGUUGAGCACGUCAAGGAAGCAGAGACCAAGGUUGUGCACCCAGAAGAGUACGAACGGAAAGUCGAGGAGCAAAAGGACAAGAGCGAGAGUGCGCAGAGAGAACGACAAUUACUUGCCCAAGAGGCAGAGAGAAAAGAGAUAGAGAAGAAGCAGACUAGUUUUGGUCGGCGACUUUGGAAAAGGCUCAGUCGAGGCGGCGGUGAAAACGACGACCUGACACCCAAAGAACAAGAAUCCGCCAAGCAGAAGAGGAAGAAGUGGUUAAGCAAGUCAGGGGAAGACAUCGAAGAUGGGAUUCCGCCUGAUGGGCAUCGGGAAUCAGCCCCUGCGUCCUGA